CUGUGACGGGACAGAAGCAGAAGAUCCUCCGAGCCGCAGACAGACAGACACGUGACGAAGAUGAACUCCUCCUCGCGCCUCCGCUGCCUCCUCCUGCUCCUCGUCUCCCUCACCGCCUCCAUCAGCUGCACCUCCGCCGCGCAGAGAGACUCCAAACUCCGCCUGUUGCUGCACCGGACCCCGCUGCUGGGCUCCAAACAGGACAUGUCGCGGUCCUCGCUGGCGGAGCUGCUCCUCUCUGACCUCCUGCAGGUGGAGAACGAGGCUCUGGAAGAGGAGAACUUCCCUCUGGCUGACGGUGAACCCGAAGACAUCCGCGUCGACCUGGAGCGCGCCGCCGGCAGCGGCCCGCUGCGCCCCCGAGAGAGGAAAGCCGGCUGCAAGAACUUCUUCUGGAAGACCUUCACAUCCUGCUGAGAGCCUCCUCCUCCGCCUCCCGCUCCUCCCGCUCCUCCUGCUCCUCCUGCUGUACAGAAACACGAGACUGACGUGAUUAGUUUGGAUGAAGUGUUUUGAUUUUUCUGAGCUGAUUCUUUCUGAAUGUAAACUUGAUGAAACUAUUUUUAAUUGUUGGUUUGAAUAAAAUCUGUUUGAGACAAACA